AUGGGAAACAACAGUUCCCACAAGAGGACCAAAGUGCCCAAGCAGGCCUGCAAGGAGAGGCCACCUGAUAUGGACAAGGCCUGGCGGAAACAGCAGUUCUUCAACCACCUCAAGUGGAAGAAGCCGAGUACCAAGAUCGUGCUGCUUUUCCCCCUGGACAAGCGGCAGCAGCUAGCCGAGGCGACGGCGGGCCCCGGCGCGCGGCCCGGGCGGCCGGGUGAGGACGCGGCAGGCGCCCCCGUGGGCUCCCAGGCGGCGGCGCCCACGUUGCAAGGUGCGGGCGACGGCGCUGAGCUGCGCGAGGGCGCGCGUGGGCGCAAAACGAAGACGAUCCCAGUCAAGCUGCUGCUGCUGGACGCAAGGCUGCAGGAGGACCGGCGCCGUGUGGCGCGUGGGCCCGGGGGCGGGCCCGGCGCGGGGGGCGGGGCCAAGGCCGCGCAUGGCUAG